UGAGAGACAUGCUUCUCUUUCUUUGCCUUUUCGUAUACCCUCUCACAUUGGCCAUUCAGAAAACAAGGAAUUCCAUGUAUGGGCAUUCGCUCCUUGCAUCUCCCUAUGACGAGACGGGUGUUGGGGAACUUUGGGAAUGCUACAAACUUUGCUAUGACGACAAAGAAAACUGCGCCAGCAUCAACUACGACAUGAAAAAAGGGAGAUGCAAACGCAUGAAGUUUUCACACGUAAACCUGCCUCGCGAACUCGUGAAAAUGGAAAACUCAGUUUACGCGGAUAUAAGAGACGGUAAAUUUUGUGCUAACAAGCCCCACCCCCUUGGGAUGGAAGAUGGCCGCAUUUCAGACUCAAGUAUCACGGCUUCGUCAACUUAUGUUGAUUAUCGUGAGCACAACCCUCACCACGCGCGCCUCAACAACCAGGGAAUGACAGGACAACACAUAGGCGCAUGGGCACCCGAGAGAAAUGGAAAAGGCGAGUAUCUUCAGGUGGACGUUGGACGAGUCACGUGGAUUACCCAUGUAGCAACGCAGGGGCGCCCUCAAAACAAUCGCCAAUGGGUGACUGAGUACAGUGUGGAGUACAGUCUGACGGGAGAUCAGUGGCAGAGUUACCAAGACGGGAAUGGUGUGAUUAAGGUGUUCCCUGGCAACUCAGAUCAGACCACUGUGGUGAAGAACGAGUUCUCCCCUGUCAUCAAAGCGCGUUACGUCAGGAUUGUAGUUCAGGCCUGGAACAAAAGUAUCACUAUGAGAGCGGAGUUUUAUGGAUGUGCAGCUUGACUCAGUCAGACACCUUUGCACAGGACUUCUAUAUUUUAGGGAAUUUGAUGGAGGGAUUCUUGAAACAUAAUUGAUAAAUUCCCAGUUCAUUGACGUCGUCUGUUUCCAAAUUUUUGAUGUGAGUACUUUUAGAUACGGGUGAAAUAUGAAAUGUGUGAUAUUCUCCUCAAAAUAGAAAAGCCCAGUAAAGAAGUUACAAAGGUAGCCCAUGUACAUCACUACUGCAACAUAGUUAAAGACAUGUCAUUAUUCCGCGGUUAAAAAAGGACAAGUGUCAAAUUAAUUAUCAAGUUAAUAAGCAUUAAACAAGAAAUGCACUGUAUUUUCUCUAAACCUUUUAUUAAAACUCGAGAUGUAUGAGUUUACAUUCUUAAGAUUUCUUGUAAAAAAGAGCCCACUUCAGAGACAGGAUGGAUUUUUAGAGAUAGAAAUAAAGGUGAAUUAUUAAUUCAUUAAGGAAUUUUACAAAAACAAGUAAAACCUACAGCUUGUGGGAUGUGUACUUUCACAUGCGGCUGAAAUAUGGAUUCUGAUAAUCUACUGAAAAUGGAGAAGCCUAAUAUUGCGAUUGUAAAAUAGUUGACGAGAGAAUCUCACCCGCAAAGCGAAUGUAGAAUUUAAAUAAUUAGAAAGCAAGCAGAAGACACUGUUUUUACUUGAGAGCAUUUAUUCAAACUCGAGAUAUAAUAGUUUACGUUACUGUAAUAAUCUGUAUCGAAAUAAUGAGUAUUAAAGAAACAAAAAAAAAUAUUAACUUGGCAUAAAAAUCAUUGUAGACUCGAUUUUUUGUUAGUGGAUUGGUAAACAAAAUAGAUUAAAAUCCCAAAAGAAAAA